AUGUAUUUAAUAUCGUCCAGAUUUAUCCGAAGAUAUAGUAAACCUCGUUAUUAUUGUAAACGUGAUUUAUUAAUUAGCUGGCUCAUUGUCAUUAUUUUCUUAUUAACAAUAUCUUUCAAUUUGGAAAAAUCCUAUUCAUUUAUUCAAAAACAUCAUUCAUCAUUUUAUUCACUAUACUCUACGCCAAUAGCUAAGCGAACACUUAUUAUAGUUCGUACAUCACAUCAUUGUGAAUCGCGUCUGAAAUAUUUACUUACAAGUUGGAUAUCACGUUACAAAGAUAAACAAAAUCAACAAAAUAUUUUUUUGUUAACUGAUCAUUAUAUUAAAAAUUCAUCCUACGAUAAAUUUGCAAAUGUUAUUUUAACUAAUUGUCCACAAACACAUAAUAAAUUUGAUCUUUGUUGUAAAACGGCAAAUGAGUUUGAAUUUUAUUAUAAUGUAACAAAGGACAAUAAUCAAUUUGAUUGGAUGUGUCGAUUCGAUGAUGAUCAAUAUCUUAAUUUAGAUAAUUUAUAUUCUUAUUUAGGUGAAUUAGAUAGUUCUAUACCGUAUUAUAUUGGUCGUACAAGUACACAUCCACUUGGAAUUCAUGGUCUAAAACAAAAGUUUCGUUUUGCUACGUAUGGUGGUGGUGUUUGUUAUUCUAAAGUAUUAUUAAAAAAAUUACGACUUUACAUUAAUAAAUCCAUCACACCGAAUGAAUGUGUAAAAACGGGUCUUUCAGAUGAUGCUUACAUGGGCUAUACCAUUGAACAUAAACUUAAUGUAUCAUUGACGGUACUCAACGAUAGAUUACAUUCACAUUUAGAGCAUUUAGAUAUUUCAUUUCGUCGUUUAACAUUACAGAAUUUAUUACAAGCAAUAACAUUUGGUUUUGCUUGGGAUCGCUAUCAAUUAAGUUGGAUGCCAAUUAUUCAUGAAAUUAUUCAAUUAGCUAAACAAAAUCUAAAUAAUGAACAUUCAUUAAUGUUACUAUGGAAUUUUUUAAGAGAUUAUGAAAAAUUACAUCCAGAAAACUUAACAGAAAAAUUUGAUGAUUCUUGUACAUCAUAUCAUAAGAGAGUAAAAGCGGCUAAAACACCUUCUAAAACACAACAAUUGACUACUAGAAUAACACCAGUGGAAAAGAUAACAGUAAAAAAAAUAGUUUGA